CGUCUCCCGCUCAAGCCCCGCCUGCCGAGCUAGCUAGCUUCCCUCCAGCCCCGUCCGCUCGCCUGGAAGCUGCCUGCGCUUGCGCACGUGGGCGCGCAGUGGGAGAAGAACCCACCCACCUCCCGCGUCUGCGUACGUUUUUCACCCGGCCGCCUCGGGGGCUCAGGGCUCAGGCAGGCCGAUACCCUCCCCAAUCCCCACCGGCACCGAGGCGCUGGCCGACGAGGCCAGCAUGAAGCCGCGGGCGUUCCUGGAGCGCCUGGCCCGCCCCUUCUCCUCCUCCCGCCGCUCCUCCUCCGACCAGUCCCGCCGCGACAGGGAGGAGGAGGCGGACCUCGAGGCGAUCGCGGCGCGGGAGCAGCGCGCGUUCAGGUACGAGACCCUGGCGGCGGCGACGCGGAGCUUCUCCGAGAAGAACCGGCUCGGGCAGGGCGGGUUCGGCCCCGUGUACCGGGGCCGCCUGGAGGACGGCCGCGACGUCGCCGUCAAGCGCCUGGGCGCCGGCUCGCGGCAGGGCGCCCGGGAGUUCCGCAACGAGGCCACGCUGCUGUCCCGCGUGCAGCACCGCAACGUGGUCAACCUCAUCGGCUACUGCGCCCGCGGGGCGGAGGACAAGCUGCUGGUGUACGAGUACGUGCCCAACGAGAGCCUCGACAAGAUCCUCUUCUCCUCCUCCUCCUCCGCCCGCUCCAGCAGCAACAGCGACCGGUCACGACGAGCGGAGCUGACCUGGCCGCGGCGGCACGAGGUUGUGGUCGGCGUGGCGCGUGGCCUGCUCUACCUCCACGAGGAUGCGCACACGCCCAUCAUCCACCGUGACAUCAAGGCCAGCAACAUCCUCCUCGACGACCGGUGGGUGCCCAAGAUCGCCGACUUCGGCAUGGCCCGUCUCUUCCCGGAGGCCGGCGAUGGCCACUCCCGUGUUCAUACCCGUGUUGCCGGCACUAACGGGUACAUGGCGCCUGAGUACCUCAUGCACGGCGACCUCUCCACCAAGGCCGACGUCUUCAGCUUCGGCGUGGUUGUUCUCGAGAUCGUCUCAGGCCGCAAGAACUCCGCCUUUAUCCCGCCCCCGGACGCCGAGGCCGACAGCCUCCUGGAAUACGCAUGGAGGCUGUACAAGAAAGGUCGGAGCUUGGAGUUGCUUGACCACGCGGUCAAGUCGUCGGCGGUGCCGGAGCAGGUCGAGCUGUGCGUUCGCAUCGGGCUGCUGUGCGUGCAGGCUGACCCGCGGCUGCGGCCGGACAUGAAGCGCGUGGUAAUCAUCCUGUCCAAGAAGCAGAGCACGCUCGAGGAGCCGACGCGUCCGGGGGUGCCCGGGUCGCGGUACCGGCGGAGGCCCCACGGCCUGCGCGGCACGCACUACUCUGCUGGGUCAUCGUCCGGCACCAGCUUGCCGUCUACGUCCGCAACAUCGGACGCGUCAGCGUCAGCGUCAGCGUCGGUCUCCAACGCCAUGACGACGUCGAGCACCCACACCAUGAGGAGCCAAGGCUUGCCCUCGCACCGAGAAGAACACGAGUAGGAGUAACAGGGCGAGCCCCAACUGUGUACAUUUGUCAAUUCUUUCCUGUUUUCUUCAGUUUGGUGUUAAUUCCGAUCAGGGUGGUGAAUGGGAUUGCAGAGUAGGUAUAGAUGUCAUGAUUGUUUUGCUAGCUUAGGAUGGUGCUGAAAAUUAAGCUAUUGACGGGUCCAUCACCGAAUCUGUGGUAGACUGCAGGCAAAAACUGUGUAUAUAUAAAAACGAGAAAAAGCAAUUUUUUUU